AUGUUUCGUAGACGAUUUCGAAUGAGCCGAAAUUUGUUUCUACGAAUUCCCAAUGCUGUUAAAGGCCAUGUCAACUAUUUUGUGCAACAGAAGGAUAGAAUCGGUAGACUGGGCUUAUCUACUUUACAAAAAGUUACAGCGGCGUUUCGAGUUUUGGCGUAUGGAAUACCAGCAGAUGCAGCAGAUGAAUAUAUCCAGAUUGGAGAAUCAACUACAAUUGAAAGGAUGCUUGGGAGUUUAGAUUGCAUGCACUGGACAUGGAAAAAUUGUCCAAUUGCCUGGGCUGGACAAUAUGCUGGGAGGAGUAGAGAACCAACUAUUAUUCUUGAAGCUGUAGCCGAUUAUGAUUUGCGAAUUUGGCAUGCACAUUUUGGUAUGCCGGGAUCGAAUAACGACAUUAAUGUGUUGGAGGCAUCUUAUUUGUUUUCAAAUCUUGCAAACGAUAUAUCACCUCCUUGUCAUUAUGUUAUUCAAGGACAACAGUACAACACUGGAUAUUAUUUAGUAGAUGGUAUAUAUCCAAAAUGGUCCACAUUGGUACAAACAAUUCAUGAACCUCGAGGGCCCAAAAAGAAGUUAUUUGCGAUGAUGCAGGAAGCGUGUAGAAAAGACGUAAAACAUGCAUUUGGAGUUCUCCAAUCAUGA